UCGCUUUGUGUCCGUACGAUAGCAACAUGUUUCCGGCCUUUGGCACGACGGGCGGCGCGCGGGCGUCCUUGGUGGAGUUCAACGCGGGCAAGAUGACGGCGGCGCCCAAGGAGGCGGGCAGCACCAAGCUCGUCGUGACGCCCGACCUCCAGAAGGGCAAGAUCCUCCUCAUCCGCGAAGACGACCAGCUGCUCCACUUCAAGUGGAAGAGCCGCACGACGGGCGUCGUCACCGACGACUUUAUCAUCUUUCCGAACGACGCGUCGUUCCAGAAGGUCGACACGGGCCGCGCCGACGACCGUGUCUACGUCCUCCAGUACAAGGGCUCGUCGCGGCGAUUCUUCUUCUGGAUGCAGAACAAGGACAGCGCGAAGGAUGCCGAGCAAGCCAAGAAGCUCGACGAGCUCAUGAACACGGCGCAGACGGCGGCGCCAGCGUCGGGCGCAUCGCGCCAGGACAACGACCCGAACGCGCCUCUGGACCACAGCGCCAUCAUGCAAAUGCUCGGGGCGAUGGGCGGCGGCGCGGGCAAUGGCGCGGGCUCGAGCACGGUGCAGAUGGCCGAGCUCCAGCAAAUCUUGCAGCACAUGGGCAUGCCGCCGGGCAGCAGCGCGGGCGCGACCGCCAACCCUUCGACGGCGUCGGUCGUGACGUCGCCUGCCCCGUCGGCGGUCCCGACGUCGCCCCACGACGACGACGACGACGACGACGACGAAGACGUCAACAUGGAAGACAUGACGGAGGAAGAGCUCCUGCGCUUGGCGAUCGAAGAGAGCAUGCGCGACGUCCAGGACGACUCGGCCCACGACACGGAAGUCGCGCCACCGACCGCCAUCCCUGCACCGACCGCCAUCCCGACGCCGUCGAUCCAGCUGGCCGACCUCCAGCGUGCGAUGGCCGCUGCCCUCAACGUGCAACAAGCUCCGACGCGCCCCGUGUCGAUCACGGCGCUCUUGCAGCAGCCGGCGGUGGCCGCGCUCCUCGAGGACCCGGAAGUGCAGGCGACGCUGCUGCCACUGCUGCCCGAGACGCUGCAGACGCCGCACGAACUGCUCUCGACGGCGCGGACGCCGCAGCUGCGGCAGUGCGUCGGCGCGCUCAGCCACGCGCUCAACUCGUCCAACUUUAACGGGAUUCUGAGCAACUUUGGCUUGAAUGCCAACGCCGGCCACGCGCAGCUCAUGCGCGGCGACGGUGUCGGCGCGUUCUUGGCGGCGGUGCAAGCCUGGGGCGAGGCCAACAAGUCCAACUAACCAGCUUCUUGCAAUAUGGGCC